GCUGCCUGCGAGUGUUUACUGUUGGCGUGAGCCCUGAUGCUACAUGUGACAUUGACAUCAACAGAGGCACAAUGAGGCUGACCGCUCUCCUGUCCAUGGCAGCCAAGGUCUUUGUGCCCAAAAACUACCGUUACGGCACUAACAGACCGUGGACGGUGGCUGCCAAAAGGUUGAAUCCUCCGGGGAAGCAGAGGAGAAAGGUGUUCGUGGAGCCGGUAGAGUCGCGGGACUGGCCGGUGCUCAAAGGGGACGUGGUCGAGAUUCUUGCAGGGAAGGACAAAGGCAAGCAGGGAAAAGUGAUCCAAGUCUUCAGACGCAGAAACUGGGUUAUUCUGGAGGGACUGAACACACAUUUCAGAUAUGUUGGAAAGACUCCAGAUUACAAAGGAACCUACAUUGCCAGCGAGGCUCCAAUUAUGCUCCAAGCUGUUUCCCUUAUUGACCCCACAGACAGGAAACCCACUCAGAUAGAGUGGAAGUUCACAGAGGAGGGCGAGAGGGUCCGCGUGUCGAUGAGGACGGGUCGAAUCAUUCCCAAACCUGUUGUAGAGCGACGAGAUGGCAUCGUGCCACUUCAGUGGAAAGAUGGCCCUAAAGACACCAGUCCUGAAGACACUCUAGAAAAGACGUACAUACCAUCUCUGAAAACCCUGGAGGAGGAGGUCAUGGAGAAACUAGGUAUCCAGGAGACCAGGAGGCACCGAAGGUCCUACUGGUACUGAAAAGGAGGCAUCCAAGACAUUCAGGCUCACUGUUGUGCUGCUGUCCAGCUCUCACACGGACUCUGAACAUACCUUGUUCUGGUGGGAAUCUGAACUGAAGGUCAAAGAAGGACUGUGUGGGGAUGACAAAAGGAAAGUGUAUGGACUCUGAAAUGCUGUCGCAGCAUACAAGUUAUUAAGGAAAUGGUUUGUAAGCACUAGGAGGAGGUGAAAUCAGACCUGCUACUUGGAGGUUUCCUGAAUCAUUCAGUGUUUAUGAAGCUUUCAGUUUGUUUCUUUGUAAUAUUGUGAAUAAAUGUCAAACUGGGUUUUA